UUGUUCCUGUCCCUCUGCUCCUUCUUACAGGAGAACCCGUUCAGAAACCGCAUCGUGGAAGUCUUCUCUGAGGACGGACAAGGCAACUUGAGCUUCAAUGACUUUGUAGACAUGUUCUCUGCUCUCUGCGAAACGGCUCCACGAGAACUGAAGACCAUAUACGCUUUUAAAAUCUAUGAUUUUAACGUGGAUAACUUCCUGUGUAAGGAGGAUCUGGAGAAGACGUUGAACCGGCUGACUAAAGGAGAGCUGACCCCUGAAGAGGUCAAUCUGGUCUGUAGCAAGGCCAUGGAGGAGGCUGACCUCGACGGGGACAGCAAGCUCUCCUUCUCGGACUUCGAGAACAUGAUCUCUAAAGCUCCAGACUUUCUAAG